AUCAAAGGAGGGAGGAAUUUGCGAUUGAAAUAGGUCGCAAUUCGCCAAGUUUGAAUCGAAUUGACAAACACAGACGACCUUUGCUGAAUUGCGCGAAAUUUCGCCUUGCAUGGUUGAUCAACUUUUGAUUCUGGGUUUAAUGUUGUCUUAGCUCUCUGCUCUUCUCCUCCCAUCGAGGCUGUAUAUUUUUGCUUAUUUUGAGCUCUAAAAAUCGUUCCUUUUUGCAGGUGAAAUAAAUUUGACAACAAAGGAGGAGUUUUGAAAGAAUGGAAUCAUCGUCAUCUUCUUCAAUUAUAACCCCAGAAGAUGUAUUAGAAUCACUCAUGAAUGAUGGCACUAUUGACGCUCUCAGAUUGAAGAUCAUCAAUCAGCUCAAAGCUAAUGAAGAGCUAAAGAAUACCACUAUUAAAAUGGCUGAACAGAGCAAGGUUUUAAAUACACCUGGGGCUGAGAAGCAGACCAAAAGAGAAUUAUUUGAUGCACUUCGACAAGAACUCGAAACACCAGUACUUGAGAAGGCCUCUAGAUCUGUAUGGGAGUUGAUCCUAGACAACAAUGGACUGGGAAAAGAAAUAAGUGAAACAGUUGAAAAAGUGUUUUGUAGAUUAAGUGGCCGGGAACCUCCAUUGUUUCCACCUCAAACUGCCGAAACCCAGUCAAGUAAAGAAAAAGAGAUAAAGGGUGGAGAGGGAAAAGGAGAUGAAAGUGAAGGGAAGAAGGAAAAGCCGAACUCAAAUUCAAAGAAAAGGAGUUACAGUGUAAUGAACAUCGAAGGAGGGGGUAAUGAAGUUGCAAGCCAGACAGCAAAUGAAAUUUCAGGAAAACCCAGUGACCCUCCUUGUCAACAAGAAAAUUCUAGUAAAUCCCCUCUACAAACCUCAUAGACUAGAGCCCUUGUCUGAAACCAUCAAUGAAUUGCCGAAGCAACAUGUCAUUCAGUUAUCUUCCAACAUUUCAUUUGUCAUCAGAUAACACUCUUUUCCUUCUAGAAUUAACCUGACAUCAUUAGUACUUCCUGGAAGUGCAUGUAACUGCAAAUAUUUGAAGUUUUUAGUUGCAUGACCUUUUUGAAGCUUUUAGUCGCAUGACCUUUGUGUUUACACUUGACAUGCGCAUAUUUUCCUCGUUGUAGUAUGUCUAUUGCUUGAACAGGCAUAAGUCCUUUAGCUGUGGUGAUCUGUAAAAGUUUGAUCUGUUACUGUAUGUUUUUCUGACAUAGAGCUUGGCAUGGGAAAUCUCAAGUUUAUUUUUUAUGUAAAAA